AAGCGCGGGGCGCCCUCCAGCCGCAGCUCCGGAGCGAGCGGCCCUCGCCAUGUCCGCGCACAACCAGGGCGUUGAGCUGGAUCUCAGCUGGAUUUCCAAAAUCCAAGUGAAUCAGCCAGCGGUCCUGAGGCGUGCAGAACAAAUCCAGGCUCGCAGGACGGUGAAGAAGGAGUGGCAGGCUGCUUGGCUCCUGAAAGCUGUCACCCUUAUCGAUCUGACCACACUUUCAGGCGAUGACACAUCUUCCAAUGUUGAAAGGCUGUGUUAUAAAGCCAGAUAUCCAAUCCGUGCAGAUCUCUUAAAAGCCUUAAGUAUGCAUGAUAAAGGCAUUACUGCUGCGGCUGUCUGUGUGUACCCCGCCCGGGUGAGUGAUGCUGUGAGAGCACUGCGGGCUGCAGGCUGCAAGAUCCCUGUGGCAUCAGUGGCCACUGGCUUUCCAGCCGGACAGACCCAUUUGAAAACACGACUAGAAGAGAUCAGAUUGGCUGUGGAAGAUGGAGCUUCCGAAAUUGAUGUGGUUAUUAACAGGAACCUGGUGCUGACCGGCCAGUGGGAGGCCCUGUAUGAUGAAAUUCGUCAGUUUCGCAAGGCCUGUGGGGAAGCUCAUCUCAAAACCAUCUUAGCAACAGGAGAACUCGGAUCUCUUACUAAUGUCUAUAAAGCCAGUAUGAUAGCAAUGAUGGCAGGAGCAGAUUUUAUUAAGACCUCUACUGGGAAAGAAACAGUGAAUGCCACCUUCCCGGUAGCAAUCGUAAUGCUACGGGCCAUUAGAGAUUUCUUCUGGAAAACUGGAAACAAGAUAGGCUUCAAGCCAGCAGGAGGCAUCCGCACUGCCAAGGAUUCCAUUGCCUGGCUCUCUCUUGUCAAGGAGGAGCUGGGAGCUGAGUGGCUGACACCUGAACUCUUCCGAAUAGGUGCCAGUGGUCUGCUUUCCGACAUUGAGAGGCAGAUUUACCACCAUGUGACCGGAAGAUAUGCUGCUUACCAUGAUCUUCCCAUGUCUUAAAUCAGCAACCAGUUCCAGAGAUGUUCCUUGAAAUGAUGUAUUAAACAAUUAUUUCUGUGUUAGAAUUGGUCAAAAUUGUGUUAUU